AUCCCGUCUUAGUUAGUCCCAUCCCUCAUCCCGGUGGGGCUUGGAACUUUCCAUCGGUUCUUUCCUGUCUCAUUUCUCUUUGAGCCUUUGCCUGGCCGUGCCUGUCACAGGGAGAAAUCAGUCACCCGCAGGCCUUCCAGUGCACUUGGGCUCUGUGAAAUUUGCCAUAGGGGUGUCAGGUAUUUCUUACUGCUGUCCAAAAAAAAAAAAAGUGAGAUAAAGAACUCUCCCAGAACAUUUUGGGCUUCACUCAGAGGCUCCCGAGAGGAAGAGAAGGACCUGGAAGGCAGCAUUAAAACAGCUAAAUAAAAGAUGCCCCGGGGCCGAAGGCCAACCUGGCUGGAAGUUCUGGGGGUCAGAAGCCCGGACUCUGCCUGCUUCAAGCUCUAGCAAUUUAAGUCACCGGGUUUUUUUUUUGUUGUUGUUGUUUGUUUUGUUUUGUUUUUUUACCUCAGAACCACAGAGACCAUGCUGUUCUCGCUCACCUUCCUGCCAGUGUUUUUAAAGAUUAGUGUUCUUGGUAUCACAGCACAGCAGACCGGGAACUGUCAGCCAGGUCUGCUGGAGAGAAACGGAACUUCCAUCUGUGCUGGUCCUGCCCCCUUCCUAAUUUUCUCACAAGGAAACAGCAUCUCUCGGAUUGACCCAGAUGGAACAAAUCACCAGCAACUGGUGUUGGAUGCUGGCACCUCACUGGUCAUGGAUUUUCAUUACAGGGAAGAAAGGCUCUACUGGGUGGAUUUAGAAAGACAACUUUUACAAAGGGUUUUCUUUAAUGGAUCAAGACAAGAGACAGUGUGCAAUGUAGAGAAGAAUGUUUCUGGGCUGGCCAUAAACUGGAUAGAUGAAGAGGUUCUCUGGGCAGACCAACAGAACGGAGUCAUCACUGUAACAGAUAUGAAAGGAAACAAUUCCCGUAUUCUUCUAAGUUCCUUAAAACAUCCGGCAAAUAUAGCAGUGGAUCCAAUAGAGAGGUUGGUAUUUUGGUCUUCAGAGGUGGCCGGCAGCCUUCACAGAGCAGAUCUCAGGGGUGUGGAUGUAAAAACACUACUGGAGACACCAGAGGGGAUGUCGGUGCUGACUCUGGAUGUCCUGGACAAACGGCUCUUUUGGGUUCAGGACAGUGAAGAAGGACGCCAUGCUUAUAUUCAUUCCUGUGAUUAUGACGGUGGCUCCAUCCAUCUUAUCAGACAUCAAGCACAGCACAGUUUGUUUACAAUGGCCCUUUCUGGUGACCGAAUCUUCUACUCAGCGUUGAAAACGAAGGCAAUUUGGAUAGCCAACAAACACACUGGGAAGGACAUAGUUAGAAUUAACUUCAAUCCAUCCUUUGUGCCGCCUGGAGAAUUGAAAGUAGUACACCCACGUGCACAGCCCCGGACAGAGGAUGGAGCUCCGGGCUCUGACUCCAAGCGUUGCAAACCAAGGAGAAGGCCAUGCCGCUACAGUCUCUGUGAGCGAGACCCCAAGUCCCAGUCGUGCGCAUGCGCCGAGGGCUAUACGUUGAGCCGAGACCGGAAGUACUGCGAAGAUAUCAAUGAGUGUGCCUUUCAAAAUCAUGGCUGUACUCUGGGGUGUGAGAACACCCCUGGAUCCUAUUACUGCACAUGUCCUACAGGAUUUGUUCUGCUUCCUGACGGGAAACAAUGCCACGAACUUGUUUCCUGUCCAGGCAACGUAUCAGAGUGCAGCCAUGGUUGUGUUCUGACAUUAGAUGGUCCCCUGUGCAUCUGUCCCUCAGGUUCAGUGCUUGGGACAGAUGGGAAAACAUGCACUGGUUGUUCAUCGCCUGAUAAUGGUGGAUGCAGCCAGCUCUGUCUUCCUCUCAGCCCAGUAUCCUGGGAAUGUGGUUGCUUUCCUGGGUAUGACCUACAAUCAGACCAAAAGAGCUGUACAGCUUCAGGACCACAGCCAUUUUUACUGUUUGCGAAUUCCCAGGACAUCCGGCACAUGCAUUUUGAUGGAACAGACUACAGAACCCUGCUGAGCCGGCAGAUGGGAAUGGUUAUUGCCCUGGAUUAUGACCCUGUGGAAAGCAAGAUAUAUUUUGCACAGACAACCCUGAAGUGGAUAGAGAGGGUUAAUAUGGAUGGCUCCCAGCGAGAAAGACUUAUCACGGAAGGAAUAGACAAGCCAGAAGGUCUUGCUGUGGACUGGAUUGGCCGGAGAAUCUACUGGACAGACAGUGGGAAGUCUGUCAUUGGAGGGAGUGAUUUGAGUGGGAAGCAGCAUCAAAUAAUCAUCAAAGAGAGUGUCUCAAGACCACGAGGAAUAGCUGUGCAUCCAAAGGCCAGGAGACUAUUCUGGACGGACACAGGGAUGUCUCCACGGAUUGAAAGCUCUUCCCUUCAAGGUUCUGGCCGGAUGCUGAUAGCCAGCUCUAAUCUUCUGGAACCCAGUGGGAUCACGAUUGACUACUUAACAGACACUCUGUACUGGUGUGACACCAAGCAGUCUGUGAUUGAAAUGGCCAAUCUGGAUGGUUCCAAACGCCGAAGACUUACCCAGAUUGAUGUAGGUCACCCCUUUGCGCUGACUGUGUUUGAAGAUCAUGUGUGGUUCUCGGAUUGGGCUAUCCCUUCGGUAAUAAGGGUGAACAAGAGGACUGGUCAAAACAGGGUAUGUCUCCGAGGCAGCAUGCUGAAGCCCUCAUCAGUGGUUGUGGUCCAUCCAUUGGCAAAACCAGGUGCAGAUCCCUGCUUACACAAGAACGGAGGCUGCCAACACAUAUGCCAAGAGAGCCUGGGCACGGCUCAGUGUUUGUGUCGGGAAGGUUUCGUGAAAGCCCAGGAUGGGAAAGUGUGUCUUGCUCGGAAGGAUGAUCAGAUACUGGCAGGUGACAAUGCUGAUCUAAGUAAAGAGGUGACCUCGUUGGACAACUCCACUAAGGCUGAAGUACCAGACAAUGACGGGACAGAAUCCUCCCCACUAGUGGCUGAAAUCAUGGUGUCAGGGAUGAACUAUGAGGAUGACUGCGGCCCUGGGGGGUGUGGCAGCCACGCUCGCUGUGUUUCAGAGGGAGACACUGCUGUGUGUCACUGUUUGAAAGGAUUUGCCAGAGAUGGAAACCUGUGUUCUGAUAUAGAUGAGUGUGAGCUGGGUAGCUCGGACUGUCCCACCACCUCGUCCAGGUGCAUCAACACUGAAGGUGGCUAUGUCUGCAGAUGCUCAGAAGGUUACGAAGGAGAUGGGAUCCACUGUCUCGAUAUUGAUGAGUGCCAGCAGGGGGCGCACAGCUGCAGCGAGAAUGCCACCUGCACCAAUACGGAGGGAGGCUACAACUGCACCUGCACAGGCCGCCCAUCAGCACCUGGACUGACUUGCCCUGUCACCAGUCCUGACUUCAUCACCCACACAGAGCAGGCGGCACCCCACAAAAGGCCCUGGGAGCCAGACUCUACCUCACCCCCUCUCCUUGGGGAAGAUGGCCGCCAUUUGGUACGAAAUAGUUACCCAGGAUGCCCCCCGUCGCACGAUGGAUACUGCCUCCAUGGUGGCGUGUGCAUGUAUGUUGAAGCAGUGGACAGCUACGCAUGCAACUGUGUCGUUGGUUAUGUUGGGGAGCGAUGUCAGCACCGAGACUUACGAUGGUGGGAGCUGCGUCAUGCUGGCUACCGGCAGAAGCAUGACAUCACUGUGGUGGCUGUCUGUGUGGUGGCACUAGUCCUGCUGCUCCUCUUGGGGAUGUGGGGGACUUACUACUACAGGACUCAGAAGCAGCUGUCAAACAACCCAAAGAACCCUUAUGAAGAGUCAAGCAGGACCCUGAGCAGUAACAGGCCCGACAACAGCGGGGAUGGGAUGUCUUCUUGUCCCCAACCUUGGUUUGUGGUCCUAGAGGAACACCCAGAGCCCAAGAAUGGGAGUCUGCCUGUAGCUGGCACGAAUGGUGCAGUCGCAGAUGCUGGCCUGUCUUCCUCCCAGCAGCCUGGGUCAGUGCAUCUGACUUCAUGGAGACAAAAGCCCCACAUAUAUGGAACCAGCACACGGCAAAGCUGCUGGAUUCCACCAUCAAGUGACAAAGGACCCCAGGAAAUGGAGGGAAACUCCCACUUACCCUCCUACAGGGAAUGGCCUGUAGUCGUGGGGGCUGAGAAGCUGCAUUCUCUCCAGUCAGCUAACGGAUCCUGUCAACAAAGGGCUCCAGACCUGCCACAGCAAACAGAGCCAGUUCAGUAGAAACUGGGAGUAGACAGAAGGUACAGAAGGGGAAAUAACAAACCAGGCUGACGGAUGGCAGAGUGCUAUAGACUUAGUACUCCCGUCUCCAAGGCUAAUCGCUGCUCAGGGUCCUGAAGACGGCUGCACAGCUGCACAGCUGCACAGCGGCAUAGCUGUGACUUUUGCUUCUUGCUUUAAGCAGUCCCAUUGAAGACGUUCAAAAGAGAAGUGGAGAAAAUCAUUAGAAACCAAAGUCAAGACAUUCACAUAUAAGCUGUGUCUUCUUCACUGGACUGUUUGCCUCUUCUCCUUGUUGCCUCAGAAGAAAUGAUCACAUGCUCUGUCAAUUGCACAACAAAUUAUAUGAUCUACACAGAAGUCUUAGCUCAAUCUCAUGAAAUGGUUGGAACAUUAUAACUAUUGCUAAGAAACACUGUAAGUGUGACCCAUGCUCAUAAUUUUGCUUUUUGAAUUGUGAUAAAUCAGUGAAAAUAACUGUAACUUAGAAUAUGAUUUAUUCAGAAUUAGAUCAUUUAUUUUUUUAUACUAUAAAAAAAUCUCUGAAUGAAAAUAUUUAACUUUAAGAACGUUUCCUAAAAGACGACCAUGUUUCUUAAUUAUUGUCUUUUCUUCUUGCAGUCUUUCCCAGUGAAAAUGGUAAAUUCGGCUGUUUGCAUAGAUUUUUUAAAAAAUUUAUUUUAAGAUAUGAGAUUGUAAACAAAUUGCUUGAUUUAUUUUCAUCAAUUUACCCUAAUUAUUUAAAUAAAAUCACCCUAAAACAUCA